AUGUCGACAACUAUGGGUCAUGGCAAGAUGGCGGCGCUUUGUUGAUUUCCUGCGUCUGUUUGGGUUUGACCUAUAAAUGAAUUUCGUUCGCAAAGCAUGGAAGGAUGAACAACGCUGGCGUGUCUUUGCCUAUCGCGGAGCACCGAGUCUUUCCAAAAGUGAAAUGUUUGCCACGCAAGCAAGGGGCAAACGAAGGAGGAAUGACACGACUGUGCUCGCAAGAUUCGACGGAACACUAACCAUCAAUACAAUCACUCCGUAAUUUCUACUUUGGAUGCCACUUAAUCAAAAUGUUUUCAUACGCAUAUCGUAUCCGGCGUCUCCAAAAAUUGCAUUCGGAACGGUUCAUGGGCCUGAACGCGGUCUCCCUCCCCGACUGCCUGCCUGUGGGAGCGGUGUACCGUUCCAGUCUGCCCGCUACGCCGGUAUCGACGCCGAUACGCGAAAGCUGGAUUUUUUCGGAACAGCAACUACGCGAUCGACUUUGCAAAACCCCUUCACCUAGAAAGUGUCGCUUCUUCGACCCGAGGCGUUCGGAAUCGGGACUAAACAGUUUCGAUAGCGAGUGGCUCGACAGUGCGCGCCAGAGAAUGGGCUCGACGCAAGAUGAAGAUUCUGACAAGUCGGAAACUAGUCCUGAAGACGUUGAUAGUGUGAAAGAGAACGAGACCUUCCACCAGAAAAAGUUAUUUGUAGGGAAUAUCAGCUACCGCGUGACGACUAAGCAGCUACGUGAGUUCCUUGCCAGGUUUGGGAAAGUGGUUGACUGUGUCAUUGUUCAAGAUCAUGUAAAGCAUUGGCCAAAAGGGUAUGGUUUUGUGACAUUUUCCAAGGUAGAAGAGGCUCAGAAAGCCAGAAAUACCCCAGCUAGUGAUCUCAUGCUUGAUGGAAGGGAGCUGAGAUUGCUUCCAGCAAAUCAGAAGAGGACAUCAAAAAUCCGUGUAGAAGCUGGAGCAGCUCUUCGAAAGAAAGAGCUGGCCAAAGAAAUAGACGGCGAUGAAGAUGAUGACGAGGAUGACAAUGAUAAUGAUGCAACUCCAGUCACACCACCCCCUUCUCCUCGCCGUUCCGCUGAUCAUAUCAACGACCUUCCUGAUGACGUUCUGUUGUUAAUCCUUGGUCGUCUUGAUCUCAAGAUGCGUGCACGUGUUGAGAGGGUAUGCAAGAGGUGGCAUUUAUUGACAAGACAGUUGUGGCGCUCACAAGAGAAGCUGGUCUUCACAGGCAUGUUUUCUGUCUGCCAUGGCAAACCAUUAACAAUCGACAUCCUACAAUCGAUCGCUCGGCGUUGUGGUGGAGCACCCAAACAUUUGGACCUGUCGACCGCCUCGCAUGUUCUGGAUUACAAAGUCUCGGAAGUCAUCAGUGGAUUUUGCCCAAACCUGGAAUACCUAGAUUUGUCUUCGUUACGACUCACAAAUGUGGGGAUCCAACAGAUAGCACAAAGAUGUCAGAAACUGAAGGUUGUGCUGUUGAAGAAGUGCUCGGACCUUGGUGAAAAAGGCCUCUGGUGGCUUCUACACCUCUGCAAGCAUUUGGAACACGUCGACUUCACUGACAUACCAAAGCUGACAGGCCAAUGCUUCCACAUGUCAGGCUCACGUCUUCGAGUAGUUAUCUUGAGUCGCUGCUCCGGUGUAACUUCCAAUGGCUUUGGGAAGAUUGCAGCCAAAUGUCUUUACCUGACAGAGCUGGAUCUGAGCGACUGUCUGCAAAUGACGGAUCACGACCUUUCACGAUUAUGCCAAAAUCUCAGGGCAUUACGGAUUCUGCAUUUGAAGGGAUCGUUCUUAACAUUAACAAGCGAGGGGCUAUGCUCUAUUGCCGAACUACCACUCUUGGAGGAGCUCUACCUUGCUCAGAACCGUGUUGUCGAUGACAUUGUGAUUGCUGCUGUGAGCAGGAGGUGCAAUAGGCUACGGUGCCUGGACAUCAGUGGAUGCCACUUGGGAGUCACAGACUUAUCUUUGUCGCAUCUGUCCCGGUGCUCUAGACUCAAGGAGCUCAAAAUCAGCUAUCUUGACAAGAUCACGGACGCUGGAUUGUGCUCUCUGGCCUGCCAGGGCCAGUUGGAACAGCUUCAGGCAAGAGGCUGUGCACAAGUCGGAGACAGUGGUGUCCAGGAUCUCGUGCAGUUCAGUGGUUCACUGGAGUCCCUGGAUGUCAGCGGCUGUGAUGGAGUGACAAAUGCAUCGGUGCUUUCUUGUGCAGAUUAUGUUUCGUCGCGUUCUCAUGCACUGGUCAUGAUAGUUGGAGGAACGAGUGUUGAAGAAGAUCAGAUGAAACACCUGGAUCAUGUGACCCAACUGGAACUCUGCUUCCUGAACCUUUCACUGGAGCAUCUCCGUCCAGACCGGUUAGAGCGUUUCGGAGCCCGUGAUAACUAUGGCUUCGAUGAAGAUGAGGAACAUGAAGGUCCUGCAGGGGCAGAUUAUGAUGCACUUCAGCGGUUUGGCCACGACUAUCUGGAAAAUGAUGACCCACUUGCAGGAGAAGACUACGAGUUUUCGUGAGUGUGUGACUGGUGGGUUGGACAAUGAUUGCGGUAGUUCUCUGUACAGCUUCGUAAUUUUCUUCAUAGGUCCAUCUUCAGUUUACUUUGCCAUUGUUUUUAAUGCAGUGCAAUGUAAAUACGUGCUUUAGUUAUGUGCUUUAGUUUGUGUGUUGUGAAAUAGACAGUGCUCCUGCCAUGAGGUGGGGGCCAACAUUAUUCCCCUAGCACCACCAUGCCCUUCUGGAAAUCUCAGCAUAACUAAUUUUGUGAGCACAGAUCCAUACUGUGAAUUGAACAACUCGUUGUUACGUUGAAAUAAAUGUUGCCUUUUAGUGCGCAGCUCGUGCACUAUUUAAGGACGCCUGUGACCUGCAAAGUUGUUGAGAAAAUGAAAUAGGCAUUAACUUGAAAUAAAGUUUGCAAAAUGUU